GCAAGAAAUAUGUUCCCCGUGCAAUUCUGGUCGAUCUGGAGCCGGGCACCAUGGAUUCCAUUCGAGGAGGCACAUUUGGACAACUAUUCCGCCCCGACAAUUUUGUCUUCGGACAGAGUGGAGCUGGUAACAACUGGGCCAAAGGGCAUUACACCGAGGGCGCCGAACUUGUGGACAAUGUGCUGGAUGUGAUCCGUAAAGAAGCGGAGGGAUGUGAUUGUCUCCAGGGUUUUCAACUAACCCAUUCACUUGGUGGUGGCACUGGCUCAGGAAUGGGAACACUGCUGAUCUCGAAAAUCCGCGAGGAAUAUCCGGAUCGAAUAAUGAGCUCAUUUUCGGUUGUACCAUCGCCGAAGGUGUCGGAUGUUGUGCUGGAGCCAUAUAAUGCAACAUUGUCUGUACAUCAGUUGGUCGAGAAUACUGAUGAAACGUUUUGCAUCGAUAACGAAGCUCUCUAUGAUAUUUGCUUCAGAACGUUGAAGCUAACAAAUCCCACCUAUGGCGAUCUCAACCAUUUAGUGUCUGUAACAAUGUCUGGUGUGACAACAUGCUUGCGCUUCCCGGGACAGCUGAAUGCUGACCUACGUAAAUUGGCCGUGAAUAUGGUACCAUUCCCACGUUUGCAUUUCUUCAUGCCCGGAUUUGCUCCUCUCUCGGCUCGUGGUACUGCUGCCUAUCGUGCCCUCAACGUUGCCGAACUUACUCAACAGAUGUUCGAUGCGAAAAAUAUGAUGGCAGCUUGUGAUCCUCGCCAUGGACGUUAUCUCACCGUAGCAGCAAUGUUUCGUGGUCGUAUGUCUAUGCGUGUAAGUUCAUUUCCCGCAUUUUUUUUUAGCUUUGGUAGGGAAAAAAGGCUUGACAAGGAAUUAUGCGAACUUAUGACAAGAUUCUGUGUAAUAUUUAAUGGACGACCAGUUUCCUCUCCCCCUCCGUCCCUAUUCUCGCAGCUACCAGCGAAGAGCCAACGAAAAUUGGGAAAAACGUGA